CAGAGAGAUUUUCAUCAAUCUCCAACCAUGUUGUCAUUUUCAAAUUGCUUUUACAUGCACUCAUGACGCAAAGAUAUUGGCACAGUGUCAAAAAGACAGAACACCAGGUAGAUUGUCUUUUCAUUUGCAUGUUGAAGUUAUGUCUCCACGGUGCAAACCCAAAUCAUUGGAAAAUAUAUGUCUGUUAAGUAGCAAGCUGUUCUUUGAAAAUGUCAUUGAGAGUAUCUCCCACACAUUAAUCGACAUUCCCAGCGAUCACCAGAGAAAUCGAGCUUUGGAGCGGUUUAUCGACGAUUUCAAAGCUAAUUUCCUAGAGGGUCUGCCCAGUAAUCAGGUCCAUUCAGUGAUCCAACACCUUUUAUCAGCCAUUGCCACUUGUGUGGACCGGAAAAAGGACCACUGGAGAAUGGACGAAGACAACAAAUACGCCAGCAAGUUCACGCAGACCGUGUACAUCAUCACGGAGUUCGUCAAUCUCAUCAUCAUACCCUCCUUAGUCCAUCUGGAUCUGCCCAACGUGGUCAAGAUGCUGCGCACGAAGCUGUAUGACCUUUUGAUCCAUUUUCCACAAUUGAGGUCUCUCCUUCUUGGAUCCGGCUCCGGAGGGUGGUCUCAGGUCUUUCAGCCCAAGUUCAUCCAAGCACUGAGCUUCAUGGACCGCCUUGUGCACUUCUCAUUAAAUUACGAUGCCAGCGAUGAGAUGUUGGAGGUGAUUCAGAAAACCUGCGGGGGAACGCUGAAGAUUCUAGACUUGGAGCACUCUUUUCAGGUCACCGAUGCUGGAGCCAAAGAUAUUUCGAAAAUAAGCGGGAUCACCCACCUUCACUUGUUCCACACCAGUAUCACUCCAUUUGGACACGCCAUACUGCUGAGAAGCCUCAAGGAGCUUCUCGUUUUGGUACGAGGAGAUUUUCUGUGUGACGCUCUAGAGGUGCUCAGUCACGAAUGUCAUGACCUCCAACAAGAUUAUCCGAAGCUCAAACUUCGAGAGUUUUGGUCCUCCGAACAAUACUUUUUCCACGACACCGAGCAAAUGACCUUGGUCUCGCACAUGUGCCCAGAGAUUCGUAAAAUGAUGUUCCAGUUCAGUGAGGAUCACUUAGAGAGUUUUUCUAUCCUCUCUUCAUUCCAAUAUCUGACGGAACUUCAUAAUUGGGGAGGGGAUUUCUACCGAAACAGCUUGGACGACUUGAUCCUGAAAAUUGGACCUCAACUCCGUGUUCUGUAUUUGAUCCACGUGGAUGAGAUUGAUUACGAGGCAUUGGUGUUUUUAAGUCAAAUGUGCCCGCAAUUGGGUACAUUGGGCUUUUAUAACUGCAUUUUCAGAGACUUUCAAGUCCCCACUCGAAAAUGUCACUUGAAUGCCAUGUGGGCAAUCCAAAAAUUUGCCAUGGUCAGCGAAUCCGAUGUGGAGUAUAUUGUUACACUCCUCCAAAACAUGCUCAAUAUCGAAUGCUUGAUCACAGGCUCCAGUACCGAGAUCGGUGACGAGGACUUCGUACAAAUUCAGUCUGCAAACCAACUACAAAAAUUGGAGGAACUUCGAAUAUCGAGCAGCAAAAGUUUGACGUUGACGACCGUUUACUCCUUGAUUGAAAACUGUCCGAAUCUGAGAUUGAUCCGGGCUCUGGAUUAUUGGACACAAGUCAGUGACCCCGAAAUAUGGCAACUGGAUGUCUACAUCCGCAAUAACAACCUCCAUGUGGAUAUUCGAUGAUUCGCUUUUGUGACAUACAUAAUUUCGAAGAAGCAUUCGUUUCUUUUGA